GUACAUGAGUACAGUUUUCGCCUCCCCCCAGUAUUUGUUGUUGAGCCUAUCUGCAGGUUUGUCUUCCGCCACCGAAAAGAUCUUGAGCAAAGUCCACUCCGUGAGGAAUUUUAAUUUAUGCUUAACCUCAUCAUUGGUGGCCAGCGGAGGGGGCGGGGGGGGGCGGGCUGUCUCUGCAUAGUUCUGGCGGCGCUGGUACUGCCACCUGGAUGUCCAUGUCCGUCGGCAGCUGCUAAUGAUGGGCGUGGCCGUCUUCAAUUUGAAGACUCCUGCCCGUCGUACAGCUCUGCAACUGCUGCUCCGGGGCCAGCGGCCCGUGUUCUUGCAGUACGGCUUGCUGCUGCNCGUCUUCAAUUUGAAGACUCCUGCCCGUCGUACAGCUCUGCAACUGCUGCUCCGGGGCCAGCGGCCCGUGUUCUUGCAGUACGGCUUGCUGCUGCCAAAAUGCCUGCAGCUGUUCCUGUUGCUGGUGUARGACUUGUUGUUGUUGACAACACAGCUGUUGUUGCCACUGCAAGUGCAUGUGUUGGAGGAGCURUUGYUGUUGCAGCAUCYGCUGUUGGUGYUGCUGUUGAUGGUAMUGCGCGAGUUGGGUUUGCAACAGAAUGUGGUACUGCUCUUCGUACUCUCUCUGUCGCAUGGCCUGUUGUUGCUGGRGCUGGUGAGCCUGUUGUGUUGUUUGGUGCAGCACUUGGAUUUGCGCUUGGUGCAAGCAUUGCUGCUGUUGCCGUUGGGCAUGYUCCUGCCGUGCCAGCUGCUGUUGCUCAUUUUGCCAUGCUUGAUGUUGUUGCUCAAAGUGCAGCGUGUGUAACUGCUGUUGGUCGAGAAGGGGCACUUCCAAUUGUAGGUGUUGGGCACCCUGGUGUUGCGGCAGUUGGCUUGAUUGGUGAGAGCCAUCGCCCAACUGUUGUGCGUCGGUCAUGCAGUGAUCCCCGAGAGGCUCCUGGGACGGCGGUAGUUGUUGCCGUUGCUGUUGCUGCGGCUGUUGGGAGGUGGCACCUAGUUGCUGUGAGCGUGAGGCCUGGUAGAGAGAUCUGGGGAUGCUUUGGGGCGAGCAUUCCACGGGACAACCAUGGGUUGCUGCUGGGACGACGCUGGUCGGAGCUGGGGCGAGUUGUGUUGCCCUGUAACCCAGCAAGAGGUGGGGGUGUGAGACCUGGAAGAGCUCGGCAGGGAGUAAGACAGCGUUGGAGAGCUUUGGAAAGGUUUCUUAGGGAUUUCUGGGGUUCUGGAGCAUUUGUAGGAUCUCCGCGGUCUAUAUGCUUCCUGAACUACAGCAAGUGUCUUUAGUUAAAAAAACAAGACUGUUCUCAGCUGAAGCCGGGUAAUGGCCCCGGUAUC